AUGGAAUAUGCUCUCUUACCUUUUGGGGCAUUUGAUUGCAAUGGAGUCGAAAAUUUCCACAUAUCUCUUUUGGGAUUUGAAAGAGAGGAGGAAGAAGAAGAUACAAAGGGCUCCGGAGGAAUGGAUUACGUAUAUACCGAUAAUCUGUUCGGUUAUGAUUACAAUGAAGAGAGAUAUUUCGAUCGUAUGUGCUCCUACAUGUCUUCUGCUGAAAUUCAAUCACUUGAAGAACCUGUAAAACUGAAUACAGGCCUAGAUUGUAAUCAAAAGCUAUCGAACGCCAAAGAUCGAGAGCUUCUUGAAACCAGCGAGAAGGCGAGCUCGACAUAUUUAUCAUCGUUGGAUAUACUGAACAGGUAUAGAACUGAUCGAACUAUAUCGAAUGCAGAUAAAAGAAGCGAAUUGCCUUCCGAAGCAUCGUGCAAUUACCAAUUAUCGACGGAGGAAGUCAUGAGGGUUGCCGGGGCCCGUUUUAUCCAAUUCUCAGGCCAUGCGGAUGAAAACCUCUCGUUGCUAACACACCCCUUCAGUUCGUUAUUCUCAGGUCUCAUGGAUGAAGAUGUGAAGAACGUUGAGCUCGUCCAACUUCUUCUCUCUUCAGCUGAGAAGAUAGGUCACCGGCAGUACGAACGGGCACGCAAAUUGCUUACGCAGUGCAGCGAUAGGUCCUCAAGCACUGGCAAUCCUGUUGAAAGAGUCGUUCACUACUUCAUGGAAGCCUUGCAGGAAAGGAUCGACAGAGAAAUGGGGGAAUUGAAGGGGUCGACGAUCAAGGCUAGACUGGGAGAAAAUGUCGAAGAAGCGAUAUUGAGCCUGCACCCAGCAUUCCUGGCAUUCCAUCAACUGUUCCCAUUCUCUCAAGUCCUGCAAUUCACGGCAAUUCAGGUCAUCAUAGACAAUGUGGCCUCGGCAACAAGGGUCCAUCUAAUCGAUCUCGGAAUCAGGGUGGGCAUACAUUGGACCAUCUUAAUGCAGGCUCUUGCAGUGCGGUCCACACAUCGGAUCGAGCUUCUGAAGAUAAGCGCGGUCGGAACAUUGAGGGAUAAGAUUGAGGAGACUGGGAAGCAUCUGGUGAGCUUUGCCGAGACGCUGAAUUUGCCUUUCGCUUUCAAUGCAGUUAUAGUAUCCGAUGUGAGCGAUAUUGACGAAGAUCGAUUCGGGCUAGAAACUGGUGAAGUGGUUUGUGUCCAUAUUCCCUGCAUUUUGAGGAAAUUGAUCUUUAGGCCUGAUGGUUUGAAGAAACUAAUGAGACUGAUAAGGAACCUCAAUCCAUGUGUAAUGACGGUCACUGAAGUCCAAGGGAACCAUAACUCUACUUCAUUCAUUAACCGUUUCACCGAAGCGCUCUUCUUCUACGGUGCAUGGUUCGAUUGCAUCGGCAUGAGCAUGGCUGGAAAUAGUGGCGAUCGGCUGCACAUUGAAGGAAACUUCUUUCGUCAAGGAAUUCAAAGCAUGGUAGUGAGAGAGGGGACUGAGAGGGUCAUCAGGCAUGUGGGGAUCGACAUGUGGAGAUCAUUCUUUGCACAAUAUGAGUUCGUUGAGGCCGAACUGGGCCAGCGGGCCUUGUAUCAGGCAAGGCUGAUUGUGAAUAAGUUUGCUUGUGGGAAUUAUUGCACACUUGAUAUGAAGGGGAAAUGCCUGACCAUUGGAUGGAAGGGGACACCAUUGUUUUCUGUUUCUGCUUGGAAGUUGAAUUGGUAG